GGUGCACAGUCCAGCGUGUGCUUCCUGCCCUCUUGCAGCUGUGUAAAGUGGAUUUUGUCUUUUCUCUCUUAGUAGAUACUUGUACAAAUGCUUACACAUUGCUAAUUACCGAAGUGUGCUGUCUGACAAGCCUGGCUGGAGGAGGUAGGACAGCAGAGGGUCGUGCCUGACGCCCCUGUACAAGUGCAGUGAUGACUCUCUCGUGUAGCUGAAGUGCAGACUGGUUGGAAUAUGCUGCAGACAAUUUACGAGAGUGAAUCGUGUUUUUCCUCAGAUGGGGUUUCUGGACGCGAACAGCUCUUGGCUCAGCAAAGAAUGCACAGUAUGAUCAGCUCAGUGGAUGUGAAGUCGGAGGUUCCUGUGGGAUUAGAGCCUAUCUCACCAUUAGACUUGCGAACCGAUCUCAGGAUGAUGGUUCCCAUGGUGGACCCAAUUAUGCGUGAAAAGCAGCUACAGCAGGAACUACUUCUGAUCCAGCAGCAGCAGCAAAUUCAGAAACAACUGCUGAUUGCAGAGUUUCAGAAGCAGCAUGAAAACCUGACCCGCCAGCAUCAGGCCCAGCUGCAGGAGCACAUAAAGCUACAACAGGAACUCCUAGCCAUUAAACAACAGCAAGAACUUCUUGAAAAAGAGCAGAAACUGGAGCAGCAGAGACAAGAGCAGGAGCUGGAGAGGCAUCGCAGGGAACAGCAGCUUCCUCCUCUCAGAGGCAAAGAAAGAGGUCGAGAAAGGGCAGUGGCCAGUACAGAAGUGAAGCAGAAACUUCAAGAGUUCCUGUUGAGUAAAUCGGCAACAAAAGACUCUCCAGCAAAUGGGAAGAAUCAUUCCAUGAACCGCCACCCCAAGCUCUGGUACACGGCUGCCCACCAUACCUCACUGGAUCAAAGCUCUCCACCCCUGAGUGGGGCCUCGCCACCGUACAAAUACACUUUACCAGGAGCACAGGAUGCCAAGGAUGAUUUUCCACUCCGUAAAACGGCCUCAGAGCCCAAUUUGAAGGUACGUUCAAGGUUAAAACAAAAGGUGACGGAAAGGAGAAGCAGUCCUUUACUCAGGAGAAAGGACGGAAACGUUGUCAGUUCAUUCAAGAAGCGACUCUUUGAGGUGACAGAAUCCUCAGUCAGUAGCAGCUCCCCUGGAUCAGGUCCCAGUUCCCCAAGCAAUGGUCCGACCAGCAGUAUAACAGAAAGUGAAACCUCAGUUUUGCCAUCUAGCAUUCAAGCUGAGCAUCUGGUUUCACAGCAACGCCUUUUGAUUCAGGAUGAAUCAGUGAACUUGUUGAGUCUGUACACGUCCCCUUCUCUGCCCAACAUUACCUUGGGACUUCCAGCAGUACAAACUCAAAUCACUGCUUCAUCAUCAUUCAAAGAAAAGCAGAAGGGAGAGACCCAGACGCUCAGACAAGGAGUGGCCUUGGCUGGACAGUAUGGGGGGAGCAUUCCUCCUUCUUCAGCUCAUCCUCAUGUUGCUUUGGAGGGAAAGCCAAAUAGCAGCCACCAGGCUCUCUUGCAACAUCUGUUACUGAAAGAACAAAUGAGACAGCAAAAACUUCUUGUGACUGGAGCAGUUCCUCUUCAUCCACAGUCUCCUUUAGCAGCGAAGGAAAGAGUCUCACCCGGCAUAAGAGCUGCCCACAAACUGCCUCGUCACAGGCCACUGAAUCGAACCCAGUCAGCUCCUCUUCCUCAAAGUACUUUGGCCCAGCUGGUCAUCCAGCAGCAACAUCAACAGUUUUUGGAGAAGCAGAAACAGUACCAGCAACAGAUCCACAUGAAUAAGAUGCUCUCUAAGUCCAUUGAGCAGCUAAAGCAGCCUGGCAGUCACCUGGAGGAAGCUGAAGAAGAGCUUCAUGGAGACCACUCGAUGCAGGAGGAGCGAGCUGCCGCUAGCGGUGCCGGCAUUAGGGCUGAGAGCAGCAGUGCUGGUGUGGAUGACAGAAUAGGACAGCAGGUUGGGGCUGUGAAGGUCAAAGAGGAGCCACCGGACAGUGAUGAGGAUAUUCAAACCCAGCAAAUGGAAUCUGGGGAGCAAGCUGCUUUUAUGCAACAGGAGUUCCUGGCGCAUCGGCGUGUCCACCAGUUGCAAAUCUACCAGGCUCAGAUGGCUACAGUUGGCAUGGUGGGAUUAGAUAAACAUCGGCCAGUGUCCAGGACCCCACCUUCCCCCACUGACUCCACAUUACCUCACCCAGCCAUGGACCAGCCCGGCCAGCAUGUCUACACUACUGGUGUUGUAUAUGACAGUCUGAUGCUGAAGCACCAGUGUAUGUGUGGCAACUACGCUAAUCACCCCGAGCAUGCUGGAAGGAUCCAAAGCAUCUGGUCGAGGCUGCAAGAAACUGGGUUGCUAAACAAGUGUGAGCGAAUUCGAGGUCGAAAAGCCAGUCUGGAGGAAAUACAGCUGGUUCACUCUGAACAUCAUUCACUGCUGUAUGGCACCAGCCCCCUGAACAGACAGAAGCUGGACCCCAGGAAACUCCUAGGAAACGUGUCUCAAAAACUCUUUUCCUUGUUGCCUUGUGGGGGACUUGGGGUGGACAGUGACACCGUUUGGAACGAGCUGCACUCGGCUGGGGCGGCACGCAUGGCGGUGGGCUGUGUCAUCGAGCUGGCGGCCCGCGUGGCCUCCCGGGAGCUGAAGAAUGGUUUUGCUGUUGUAAGGCCCCCAGGCCAUCAUGCUGAAGAAUCAACAGCCAUGGGAUUCUGCUUUUUUAAUUCAAUUGCAAUUACUGCCAAAUACUUGAGAGACAAGCUGAAUAUAGGGAAGAUAUUGAUUGUAGAUCUGGAUGUUCACCAUGGCAACGGUACACAGCAGGCUUUUUAUGCUGACCCCAGCAUCCUGUAUGUUUCCCUCCAUCGCUAUGAUGAAGGCAACUUCUUCCCCGGCAGUGGAGCCCCAAAUGAGGUUGGAAGUGGCCCAGGUGAAGGUUAUAAUAUAAAUAUUGCUUGGACAGGUGGCUUGGAUCCUCCUAUGGGUGAUGUUGAAUAUCUCACAGCAUUCAGGACUGUGAUCAUGCCAGCUGCCAAUGAGUUUAAUCCAGAGAUUGUCUUGGUAUCAGCAGGAUUUGAUGCCGUGGAAGGCCACGACUCUCCACUGGGCGGGUAUAAAGUCACAGCAAAAUGUUUUGGUCACCUAACCAAGCAAUUGCUGAAGUUAGCGGAUGGCCGUGUUGUGCUGGCACUGGAGGGAGGACAUGACCUUACUGCCAUCUGUGAUGCAUCUGAAGCCUGCAUAAACGCCCUUUUAGGAAAUGAGCUGGAGCCUCUCCCGGAAGAUAUUGUGCACCAAAUCCCCAAUAAGAAUGCAAUAGCUUCUUUAAAAAAGACCACUGAAAUUCAAAGCAAGUACUGGAAGUCAGUGGAGCCAUAUUCUGUGCCAGUGGAUUGUGCUCUGGCUGAGUCUCAGAAACGAGAGAGGGAGGAGACAGAAACAGUAUCUGCUAUGGCCUCCCUUUCAGUGGAUGUUGAACAGUGCUUUCCUCAGGAAGGCAGCAGAGCUGCUGGCGAGCCCAUGGAAGAAGAGCCAGCCUUGUGAAGUGCCAAGUCCUCCCUGAUAUUUCCUGUGGGUGACAUCAUUGUGUAUCCCCCCAAAGCACCCUCAGACAUGUCUUGUCUGCUGCUUGGGUGGCACGGAUCAGAUGGAACAUAAACACUGGGCACAAAACUCUGAAUAGCAGCUUCACUUGUUCUUUGGAUGAACUUGAAAGGGCCCUAAAGAUUCCUUAAAUGUAACCGCUACAAUUCUAGAGUUACAGUAAAACAGGCUUGGGAGAAAGAGCCUAGAGCAUGCUUUUUAUAUGCUGUUUGACCCACUCACCAACAUGAAUUGUGAAAUAGAGUAUUACAAAAUUCUACAUGAUAGAUUAUAGAUACGAGAGUUGCGACAGCCAGCAAAAUACUUGGUAAACUCCAUGAAUCACUUUCUGACACUUUUUACUGGGUAAUUUUUUUCAUACUGUGUUAAACUGUUAAUAGAAUUUGUUUUCUCUGCUUUGUGUAAUGAAGAAAAAAAAAUUAUUUUACAUGAUGUUUUUUAACCCCUUGUAAUGAGUUCUUAGCAGAACGAGUAAAAGGUGUGUAAGCUAAGAUGAAGGAUUUUAGCUAAAGGGAAAGUACUUCUUAUUGUACUAUAAAUCCCCCAAAGUACUGUGCUUGGUGGUGCUUUUUUUUAUUUUCCCUUCUCCCGGACAUAUCUCCCCAUUUUAUGUAGCCUUUUCUAUCAUAAAAUCACAUUCAUGAUUCCCUAAAAUGAGCGACCUUCUGUCUUUAAAAAAGUGCUAUACCCACUGUAGUUGACAGUAGCUCUCACCAGAUGUGCAGCAGCGAUCAAGUAGUCUCUGAAAAAUGGAUGGCUUUCCAAAUGUGUUUUUAGUUUGUUCCAAAAUGUUUCUGUGUCCUGACUCUGAGAGCAGCAAUCAGCAGCGGCUACGUGCAGCUCAUUUGGAGCUCAGGUGUUUCCGUGGAGGUUGUGUGGGGAGCGUUUUUACAGGUUGUCGUGUGAAUACAGACUAAUUCUUUUAUGUAGUCCUGCACCGAGAGAGCUGAUCUUGCUUACGAAGUUUCCAAGGGUUUAGGCUUUAUUUUAGAUCCCCCAAAUGCAGCAAGCUUUCCCUGCAAUGUGACAUUAGCUGUUUAAUUUUGUGUUGGUGAACGUAACAUAGAGCUGUGCCUUUAGCUGAUAAUGAACGCUUAAACUAUUACACGUGUUGCCUUACCGUCAGAGAAAGAGAUAGGGCAUGUAUGUAAAAUGACUUCAAAUGAACAAAAUUGUGCUACAGCAACUUUUAUUUUGUUUACAACUUUCUCACCUAAUGAACCCUUUGAGAUACCUUGAAGUAUUCUGCUUGCAGCCAGUAUUUGAUAACUCACUCGGCUUUUAAAAUCAAAUGAUGUUCAUUUUUAUACAUUUUCCAAACUGAAAGUAUAUAUUAAAGCCAUAAGUGAAGACUGUCAUGCUUUUUAUUCUGAAAUCUGAAAGAAACCUUAAUUAAAACAAGAUUUUGGUGAAGGCCAUGAUAUGAAAGAUAUGGAACAAUAUGGUUUCAGUUAUAGGCAGACUCAAACCUGUAAAUCAAAGAUGAAAGAUUUCACUCAAAUAGAAUUAUAUAAUUCUCUUUUGUUAUGCAGUCAGACUAUAUCUUUCAUGCAUUUGGGUUUGUUUAUGAUUAGCAUUUUAAUUUUAAAGACUUUUAUUACUUAUACAAAAGCUCUCUGCUACAAGUUAGAAAUCUGAGGCAUGCUUUGAAAAGGGAAAUCUAAAAAAGGAAUGUCAUUUCCUAUAACGCAAAGCAAACUUUUAUUCUAAAAGGCUUACUCUAAAAUGGAUGCAUGCCCCUCAGAAAGUAAAAUAAAAUUUUACCUGCCAUUUACAAGCCAAAAUCAUGCUCAUUUUAGUAAUGCAAAGGGUCCCAGCCGGCUAAAUUAACUCCUGGUGCAAGCCACCUUGCCUGACUUUGAGCUGUUCUGAAGGGAUUGUUCACAUGACUAAAGCAAUCAGAAGUUCACCCUAUAUUUUUAGCAGACUUGUGAUGGCAAUCUUACUUGCCAUUUACUGCAAUUUACUUGUGGUCUUCAAAGAAGUUUCCCUUCAAGGAAACCAAGGACCAUAGCUGAUGAGUUGGGUAAUUUGUAAAGCUUUUCACAUUUUGAAAUAAUAGCUGCAAAAUUUUAAUUGAGUGCACAGUAAGAUCAUUUUAGAAUUAACCCCACAAAUGUAAAAUCUAUGUCCUUAGCUUGCAUGAAAUGGAAUAUGAAUUGCAGCUUGAAAUGUGACUGACAAACUUUGCCAAUUAAAGUCUAUAUUCUGGGGUGGAAAUCAGCUAAAGAUGUCCUUUGUAGCUGGAAAUGCUUUUAAAAUUCCAGAAUAAUUUGAAUUAAACCACAUUAUAAACUCACACUUAUGCAUUUAUACAGGCAUACUCCCAGACAGACAACUAGACAUGCUAUUGGUUAAAGUCAGGAUCAUUUGGAUAAGCAAAUGUGCAAAUAAACUGCACACAGAUUGUGUCCAGAACUCUGCUCUCACUGAAGCCAAUUGCAAAAUGCUCUUUGAUUUCGGUGGGAGAUGGAUCAGGACCUGUUGUUUUUUUGUGUGUGUGUGCACUUUUUUUUGUUUUUUUUUUUUUAAGUCCAGAACACCAUUACUUUUUGAUUAUGUCAUUACAAGGCACCGUACAGCCCUCUGGGAAAUGAUUGAGGCUUAUGGUGAAUAUCAACACUUCCUUCCAAGCAGACCUGGGCUUUCCGAGAGGGCAGUUUCACUUGCUGCUGUUUUCUUCUCACAGUAUUUUUUAUUACCAUCAAUAGCUCCCUAUGGAUUGCAGUUAAAAUAUCUCCCAGCAAUUUCAGUCACACUUCCAGGGAAAUAUUCACAUGGACUCUCUUAAAAAUGCCCAUUUUUAGCUGGAUUCAACGACAGAUCCAAGAAUUUCAGAAAGGUGCAUGAACUGCAUGUUUUUCUGCUUCUAAUGUUCAAAUCCAGAGGCUUAGGAGCUCUUUUUGAAGAAAUGCCAUAGACAUGUCUCCUAUGGACCUCUGCUUAGGCGGAAGAGAUUGACACUUAUGAAAAUUAAGUCCCAGAUAUUUCUAGCCAGCUGCCAAAAUAUCAACAUCUGAGCUUUGAUUACUUCUAAAAAAUGAUCUGAAAUGGGUAAAUAAUGUGGGAAUAAAUGACGAUGCCUGUGUUCACGGAGACAGUGAAGCUGAGGAGGUGUCAGGGAGCCUUCAGAGACAGGGUGGUCCUCCAGGCUGGUGCUGGUAGCAUGGGGCCUGCAGGUCCCACAACACCACCAGGCCAGGCCACUAGCAGCAAACCCGUGCUUUUCAGGGAUUGCACUCCACCUCUGGAUCAAGAUUUCCCUAAGCCAGUGAUCAGCUGAAUGACAAAUGCCACAGUAGCAAGUACCCCUGACAUGCUUGCUCCAGCCUAUAUUCUUCCCUCGGGUUAGAUGCUGCAUAUUGAGCCCAAUGGCAUAUUGGAUUUGUUGUGCAUUCUUAAGUCCUUAAGUUCAUCAUAGAGCCUGAAAACUAAAAAAUGAUAUGGUCCAGAAUAUCAAUAAAAAAAAAAAUAAUUCUUAUAUAGCUUAAUGCAUUUACCUGGGCUGGAGAGGGAACAAUGAAGGGAACAGCAAAUCUUGAAACUGCUGAAUCCUAAGUCUUGCACUUCAUUUCUGGACUCUCUGUGUAGUUCUGUAUGUACUUAUUUGGCUUUAAUAUAAUCUGCAGCAAUGAAAUGCUUGAUUAUAUUGUCCUUCUUCAGGCAAAAUGUCUAGCAACCAAACAAAGUUCAUGGGAAUUUUGCCAGUGUAAAGAUGAGAGAAUGAGUCCCUUUUAAGUUAUGUACCUUCUUAAUUUUACAUUCAGUGAAAAUUAAGUAACUAAUUUGAGGCAAGUGAAUUCAAGGAAAAUAAAAAUAUUUUUUUUUUAUUUUAUGGUGUUUAUCUUAAAUAUGUGGUGUUUAUCUUAUCUUAAAUAAUCAAGUCAACAACAAAGUGCCAGCUGAAAGAAGGUGGCAAAAUGAAUCCCUCUCUCAAGUAUGUGGUGUUUGAUUUGAUGUUGUAUCUAAGUGCAGCCUCCCUAAAAAGCUGAGAGUCAUAAGCAGAGAUGAAAUAUUAGAAAGGUUAUGCUGCAGCCAACACUGUAGAGAACAAGAAUGUAGAGACUGACUAAUUUGUGUAGACAGACAGCGGGACACUUUUGGGGCAAUGUGUCUGGGAUGAAGAAUUAGAGGGAACUUUUCCAAAGGCUCUGGUGGCUGUGAGGCAGCUAACUUCUAUUAACUUGCAGGGACAAGGAGAUGCCCAGCAAGCACUUGCUGUUUGGGAAAUGCCCCCUGUCUCACAAACAUGCCCAUAUGCUUACAGACAUGAACCUCACUACGCAGAUUUUGUCCUAAACAGCAACAGCCAGGUGUGCUGCCCUGAAGUCUAUGCCACGCAUUCACAUUUGCCCAAGAAGCAUUCAGCCCCUUGCAGACAGUUCAUGGCAGGAAUGAUAAAGGGGAGGGUUUUUUUCUAUAGCGGCCUUUUCAAGAGUGUAACAGUUGCAUGGUUGUUGUAUUUUAAAGGGUCACAGUGGAGCUUUCUGAACCAUUGUGCUUUUUUUUUUUUUUUUUUUUUUUUCUUUACAGACUCCAUAUGGAAGUAUGGAAGUAAAAAAGAAUAUGCAUGUGGCAGGGCAGGGUGUGGGGAUGCAGAGUGUUUGUGCGGGGGGAAGGGAACCCGCUGGGAAGUAAUUUAUCUAAAAUUGAGCUUCUGCUACCUACUUUUCAUCCUGAAAUUUGAGCAGUUUUGAUUUUUAAUUAUUAUUUAAGCUUCUAUUUUGUCAUGUCACUUGCUUCAGAUUUUCCCUAUAAUUGAAUUUGCCCUUGUAACACAUAGCCAGAAAAAAGCCUUUUGCCUUUUCUGACAGAUGCCCCUGCCCUCGGUGUGGGAAUUAGCUUAUCUUUGUCACUUCUAGCAGCAAUUAAAUGUUUCAUUUUUGUGACAGAUCCAAACUGGAGUGGUAUUUUAUGAGUACGAUUUAGCUGGCUGUUUGCUGAUUGUUAAAAAAAGAAAUUGUGAAACUUGCAUUCCUCUCUAACCUCAAAAGGGACCCAUUUUGAUUUUAACAAUGUAAUAUUUUCACUUGAUCCAAAAGGUUUUUUGUCCCAUGACAUCUUGUUACUAGCUCAGUUUUAGUCUCUAGCAAAUAACACACCACAGAGAGCAAAGACCAAGGAGGACAUUCCAGCAGCUAUUAAUUAUAACUCUCAUACACAAUCCUUCAUCCUGCUCUAGUGCUGUGCUCUGUGCUUCAGUAUAUUAGGAGAGUUUAUAGCAAAGUAUAGAUUAUUCUACAUAAUCAAAGAUACUCCUGUUCAGAUGUUAAUUAGUGCACUGUGAUUUGGGCUGCAGUUUACAAGGAAAACAUGCUCCUGUGUGGAUUGUCUAGAGGCAAGUGAAGCAUGAAACUAAUGUCAUUGGUACUGCACAGUAAGAGUGAUUCUGUGUUAAAAUCUCUACACAUCAUCCCCUUCCUGACGGUAUUGCCUGAAUGGCUAGAGGCACAUUUGCAACAGCAGAGUCAUAGGAUGCCAUUAUUCAAAGACCACUGCAAACCGUUCUCUAACAGGCUGUAGAUAAGGUCCAGGAGGCAGUGAAGAAGCCUUCACUUUGCACUAAGUCCACACCCAAACUGCAAAAAAAGUGCAGAUACAAAUCUGAACUUUGCUACACAUCCCUAUUUCUAAUAUGAAGUGCCAGUUCUGCCUCUAGAAAAGUCUGUCUGAAAGAGCACUGGCACCAGUGGAUAUUUAUCUAUUGACUUCUGAGGGCUUCAGAAGGGUGUAUACACCAUGUGUUAUGGGAACAAGUUCAUACUCAUGUCUUUUGCUGCUUAAUUUACUGCUAUUUUAUAUUUCAUGAUUGGCUUAAUAUUCUAAGUUAGGAUGCAAUAGGAAAGCAUAAAGCAAUACCUGGUGAACUCAUAACUAAAGCUUUCAAAGCAAAAUUACUGCUGUGGGUUUUUAAAACACUGACUUUUCCAUCUAGGGAUGCACAGCUGAAAUGUCUAUUUUUUUUUCUUUGAAAAUUGAUGUUGCUAUCUGUUUCUAUGAUAAAAAACAGUCCUUUUGCUCAGAGCACUAGAAGUUUAUCUGUAAUUUGUCUUUCCAGGCAGAUCAGAUUCUAAGAGAUAAAGUACCAGUGGGACCAGUCCAAAGGGCAAAAUUUUUAAAGGUCAAUAGUAAUAUUUCUGUAAAAGUAAGAGGAACCUGUGGAUUAUUGUUAUUAUUCCUGAUACAUUUUUGUAUCUGAAAGUAUCCAAUGAGUAACAUUAAGUAAUAUUGUGUUCCAAAACUUUGUUAGUUAUAGAUAUAUGAGCAUUGGAUUGGCGUGAAAUAGUCUUCAACUGAGUUGUAAAAAUCUCUUUUGUUUUGUGUUUUGUAAAAUUCUUUGGCUAUAGUCUUGUCCUAGUGUGAAUAAAAGCUAUUUGAAGUAAG